AUUCGCCUUCUCCUACUCUUGCCAGGCGAUCUAGAUGCUACAAUUGAAUGCAGUCUAUCGGUUUCGACAAUUGGGGAUAGUUUGGGGGCCUAUGAAGCCCUUUCUUAUGUCUGGGGCGCACCCGCUACGACAGAAAUCGUUAUCCUUGAUGGCCGACCUGUGCUUGUUACUCGGAAUCUCCAAUGCGCAUUACGGUGUCUCCGUUACAAGACAUCAGCCAGACUCUUGUGGGUCGACGCGCUUUGUAUUGAUCAAACGAGCACGGAGGAGAAAAGCGUCCAAGUCCCGCGUAUGUGGGCGGUCUUUACCUUUUGUCAGAAGUCUCUGAUAUUUCUGGGCGAUGAAUCAGAUGACAGCGACCGAGCAUUGCAUCUCUUAUACAUGAUCUCGGCACUACAGCCAGGUGAUCUCGAUGCAGUGGCGAAAAUGGUGGGCGAUCAUAACCUAGCAUCAUCUUGGGACGCCCUCUUGAAACUAAUGCAAAGACAAUGGUGGGGUCGCGCAUGGAUUAUUCAGGAAUAUGUUGUUGCAACGAAUAUCCAGUUCCUAUGUGGC